GGCAAGUCCCGGUUAGUCGGUGAAUCUCUCUCUUCCUCUUGCCUUCUUUAAAUACAGUAUUCCGUCAUGUACGAUUUCUUGAGCGAGGAUUCUUCCUCCUCUUCUUUGUUCAUCUCCUCUUCUUGUCCUUCUUCAUUGUUAUCGGCAAUGGGGAGUGUAUAGGAGCGUCACGUGUCUGGUCCAGGAUGGAUCCUCUGACAGAAUUGUGCGACGUGCUGGCGGACGAUCCGUCGGCACCGGUGGACCGAGUGCAAGUCAUCGUUAGUCAGUGCCCUCUGUUCGUUCCCAUUCACUGUAGUACCUCGGAAGUUCGGCAUCGGGGCAAUGAAGAGCAGGAGGAAGAGACCGCGCUUUGGACCGAAAAGAGUCACGGAAUCGCCUCUCUCGCCAUUGGACCUGGGAGAGAUGGGGGAGAAGGCGUGCGGAGAUGUAAUUGGAGCGGAAGGCAAAGGCAGACUUUGGCGGUGCUCCCGACGCCAGCCCAGUUAAAUGGUGUUCUGGGUUUGGCGCGCUUCUUAGCACGAUGUCAAGAUCGCCAUCGACACGUGAGCCUCUUGCCUAUCUUGACGGAUUUUCUGCGCUGUGUACCACGCCUGGCGCACGACGACGUUGAUCCCCCGUUGUUCGCCACGUCGAGAGCGACCUCGUCUUUCUUCUUGCGCCUUAUAGGUCACGUGUCGGAGCUUUGUCGUCUGUGGCCUGAAUCUCUCGAGGAAAUCAGCGCCGCCGUGGCUGAUGUAAUGCACGAUAUCACUCAAGGGGGAGGCAGCUGGGAGGUCGACACUCCAUACAACGCCCGCGUCGGCCCUGUAGUGACACGCGCGUUCUUGACGGCGUUGGGGGAGCAUCCGCCUUGUCUGCGUUCAUCGGAUGCUGUGCACGUGGCGGGAUGGAUGUACGACAGAUGGAUCGGCCCCAGAGUUGUACCAGGCAGCCCGCAGGGGUCUCCUCCUCCAUCUGGGGUGGGUUCUUCCGGCGGUGUUGGUGGUGGACGUGGGGCGUAUGGUUCUUCAGCUCAUGGUGGCCACCAUCACCACGAUCAUCAUCGCCACUCUAACGCCGGGUGGGGUUCGUCGGCGGGAAAUUCUCUGAGCAUAGAAUCGACGUCGAAUGGGUGGAUUGCAGGAGGCGGAGGGGAGAUGUUACCGGACGGCCCUUACGAGGGCAUCAUGGAGGAUAUCGAUGUCGUAGGGGGCGGGGAGAACAAGGCAGGGGGGUUGCGCUCAUCUGAAAGCAGCGGAAGCUUGUCUUCGUGCGCGUCCGCCACGAUCGGCGCGAUGCUUUACGAUACGGUCGAAGUGCUAGAAGGCUACGAGACCGCCUUUCGGAUCGUGUCCCAGAUUUUCCCCCAGCUGAUGGCGAAAGAAGCAAGAAGUGGGGGGGUUGCUUCUGCUUGUGCCUCCUCCUCUGCUUCCUCUAUGCGGUGCCCACUCGUGGACGGGUAUCGCGUGGCCGCCAGCAGGCAACUGAAGGCCACCCUCGUGUUGCUCAAAACACGUCGCAGCAAAUCCAAUCCCGACCUUCCGCCGCCAUCGUUGGUAGUGGCGAAAGUGCGCGCGGCGCAUGCGGCCGUCGCUGUUCAGGUGGAAUGUUUCCGGCAUGGCUGUUGCGAGGGGAAAACGAUGAUGAGGUCGGCGUUGACGUUGUUGUUGGAUGCUGCAGAGGGUUGCCUGACAUCGCCAUGGCGACUUCAAUCCGCUUGCGAAUCGUUGUUCUCGGCUUUGGUACAAGGAGCGGUCGCAAUUGUGGUUCGUGGAGCGAAGUCCGGCCAAAGCUCUUUGCUCCAGGAGGUGCUGCUUCGUUUCAAGUCCAUCUUGCUGACGGCCGCGCACGUGUCGCGCGAGCAGGCGGCAACUAGUUUGGCCGAGGACGACAUGGCGACGCUUGAGGAAUGCCAGGGGCCCAUGCUGCGAAGCGCAGCGCAAGCCACGUGCCAGUUGCUUGUUUGCGGAUGGGAAUUUGAGAGGGCGGCGGUGGAGUCGUUCCUGCUGUCGAUGGGCGCAUACGUCAGAGAAAAGGGGAACCGGGAGGUGAAAGAUCGGAGCAGUAGCAGUACAUCAGUCUCCUCAUUGAUCCUCAAGCAAACCGUUGUCCCCCUUCUGGCGCAGUUUGGCAUCGCGUUAGACCGGCCCGAUGCUUUGAAGAUCGUUCUUUCCCUGGUCGUGGAAAGCCUGGAAGACGGUGAGGAUCACGUGACGGACGGCGUGCGUCUUAGGGUUCUUGACGCCCUGGCGCGGAUUGCCAGUCUCGGACACGAGGUGGUUUACAGGGAGGUGCUGGUGCUCCUGACGCGCAUGUACAAGGAGAGCUUGUCGUUAACGACACCUUUGCCGUCAGGUAUGGCAGUUCCAGCGGCCCCGCCGUCGUCAUCGUCGCGAUUGGGAGGGUCGAUGAGAUCGUCGGGAGGGGGGCCAGCGAGGGACGGCCCGAGCGGAAGAAUGGAGUUUUGGAAGGAUGUGGAGUGGAUAGGAAGGAAAUUGUGCUUCAUGGCCGAGAAGCUCAGGAACGCAGCGUUGCGGCGGGACCUCCGGCAAAGGUUGUUGUUGCUGUGUUCCGAGGUGGGGUUACUUGCGGAAGCUCGAUCGACGGGUAGCGGUAAGGUCGCGCUCGGGCAUUUGCUACCAGCAAUCGCCUCUGCGAGCCGCCACUUCUCUCCCUUGGAGCAGGUGGAUUUGGCAACGCUGAAGCUUUUCCGUAAUCUGUGGUUCUACAUUGCGCUGUUUAAGAUGUGGACCGCUCCGCCGGGAGGUGCACCCUCCGGAUCCAAGGGGACGGAUGUGACAAAGACGACGAACGACAUAAACUCGAGCUCGCUGCCUCUGUUGGGGACCACACGGCUGGAGAAACAGCUGCCUACAGCCAUACGGAGUAUCGCGCAGAUCACUCCGCCACUCGUGGGUGGUUCUGCGAAGUGGUUGGAGGACGACGCGGAUCUGAAUGCGCUAAUCAAUCCUGGUAGCAGGCGAGGAAGCGCCAUUGAGAAAGCGGCGCAUGCGCAGCGAACAGAUUUGUCGGCGGCUCUGUCCAGGGAGGGAGACGCGGUGGACGUUUACAGUCUCUCUUCCCUCUCGGGCGUGAAAGUCACCUACUUAUUGUCCGUCGCAAUCCUCGAAGGAACGAGGAUGGGUGGGCCGGGUAGUCUUAUUCGGAAUAUACCACGGUCCUGCAAAGCACUCGCGUUGAUGGGGCAAGACACGACGAUGGAGAUGGCGCCGGUCGCGGAAGAGCCGCCGCUUCUCUCGCCCAUGCGGCUGGGAUCUGGUGGAGGAGGGGGAGGCGAAGGUGGUGGUGGUGGUAGUAAUAAGGAAGGCGUCGUCGAUGAAGAGGUUCUUCCUAUAAGCGGUCUGUGGUGCGUUUUCGAGUACCUUGGAAGUCCUAGCAUGAAGCCGAUUGUUCGGCAAUGUUUUGAAUGCACGGUUCGUCGCGCCUUCGACUCGACGAUUUCUUGGUUGUCGGGAGAAGGACGGGUGGCAUGUGAGCGAGCGGAUCGGGAGGAUGCCCUGGCGGCACAUGCGGUGUUUCUGCUUGGAUCUCAACGAAUCCAGGAGCAUCCGCAGCCAAUCCAGGUGCUGGCGGACUAUCUGCUUGAGAAGCUCUGGAAGCGUUUUCCGCAGGUGCUGUGGCACUCCCGUUGCGUGGAUGGCGUUCUCAAGCUGGUGAUCAAUCCUCCUGCUCCUCCGCCGACCACGCGCGCUUCGUCGUCUCUCGCCAAUGCCGUCCGCCAGGCGCAGCAGCAAAGAGCGCAGCAAUGGCUUGCCUACGCGCUCAUGCUGGCUCCUUCUACCACUCAAGGACUUUUGCAGGAGAAGUUCCGCAAGUUAAGCCAGAGGCAAAGGUUAGGAUACACGGGUGACUUGUUAUCCUUAGUCUCGGAGAUCCGUUUGAAUGCAAGCUCCUCCUCCUCGACUUCCUCCGCGUGGUCUGGGUCGAACGGUAGCGUGCGCGCAUUCUCUGAAGUGGCGAUCCCGCCGAUUCUGGUUCCUGCCGCAUCGGUUGCGGGCGCAGCCGCGGCGGGAGGAACUGCUCACGGGAAAGAGAGCAGCACCAAGGAGGUUCUGUCCACGAGCAUCAUCUCUGCCAAUUUGAAGAGCCAGUAUGUUGGGGAAAUUGCUGGGAUGAAGAAGCCCAUAACUUCGGUGGGCUAUGCGGGACUGGCGGCCGUGGCACCAGCGCUGCCGGCGCAACUGCAGCAGCAUCAGCUUCCGAAUGGCACAACGACCACAGUGGACAAAAAUCUUAGCUCCCUGUUGAUUGGUGAUUUCAUACGGGUGAUGAGGGACUACACGGCUCUUGCGGAGCAGGACAGACAGGUUGACCCGAGUGGGUUCCAGGAGACUUGUUUGAGGGCCGCGGCCCUGAUAUUGUCGGAAGAGAAGAACCGCAGCAGUUUUCCGGAGGGCUACGAACAGUUGCUCAGACUGCUGUGCUGGUGUCCGGUGCGCAUUUUCACGCUAGACACAUUGCAGACGGGGGUUUUCGUGUGGACGUGGCUGGUGUCGGCGGCACCUGCCUUGGCGCCAGCCAUUCUCUCCGAGCUUGCGGAUGCGUGGAUGUGGACAGUGGAGACGAAGCGGGGCAUAUUCGCUUCCCAGCCGGAGGGAAGCGGUCCAGCAGCGCAGCUGCGCCCGCAGCUCACCCCUGGGGAGCCGACGAAUUGGCCGCCAAAAGCAGAUCCUGUGGAAGGGAUCGCCGCUCACCGGAUCUGGGCCGGGUUCUUGCUCGAUCGGCUCGAGGUCGGGAAACGGAGCGGCGGCGAGCAGCUCCCAGUCUUCGGCAAGCUGCUGCUGGGAUCGCUAGGAAGUGGCAAGCGACUGACCUCUCAUCCGGCAGCGGCUGCGGCGGUGUUCAGCUUUUUGCUACUGGGUCUCACGUUCUGCCAAGCGGCGGUCGCCUGGAAAUCGCCGAAGAUUGACAAGGGAAGCACCAUCAAACCCAGCGUGCGAAUAAUCCGAGAUCGAGUGUACAGGGCGGCGCUGGAUUGGUUCUCCGUCGCCCCAGGUUUGUUCGACUCGAAAGACGAGACCGUCAGCCAAGGCGAGUGGGAAACGAUUAAGGCAUUUCUCACCUGUUUGGCGAUUGACCAGAAACUGGAGGAGAUGGUCAAACACGAAGGGCCGAUACACAAUCCGGAAGGGGGGGACCACCAGCAGCCCCAGGAGCAGCAGCAGCAGCAGUACGCGUCUACUUACCUGACCCCCGACAACCUACGGCAUCCGGUUUGGGGGAACGCAGAGAAGGACGGAGACGUGGCGAGGGAGAGAAGGAGGCAGCUUUUGUUGACUCUAUGCCAAAACGAGGCGGACAGGUUGGAAACGUGGGCAAAUCCGUUGAAGGAGGGUGCGCAGCUGCGUUUCAGGGCCCACGGGCAAGGACAAGAGAGAUGGGCAGAAUGGGUGAGAACCGCGUGGUCCGUAGAUCCGCGGAUCGCCAUCGCGAUGGUCGCAAGGUUUCCUGGCGUGACUCACAUACGAACGGAAGUUACUAAACUGGUUCAGGCGAACAUAUCCAAGCUGCAUCAUAUUCCAGAGGCUCUUCCAUUUUUUGUGACUCCCACAGCCGUCAAGGAGGAUUCGCCCGUCUUGCGGCAGCUACCGUACUGGGCACCUUGCUCCAUCACCCAGGCUCUGGACUUUCUGACGCCCGACUUUAAGGGGCACCACAGAGUGAUGGCCUAUUGUCUUCGGGUCAUGGAGACGUACCCUCCGGAGAAGGUGACUUUCUUCAUGCCGCAGCUGAUCCAAGCGCUACGCUACGAUCACGGCGGCCUGGUGGAAGGAUACCUUAUGGUGGCCGCUCGGAAGAGUAACCUCUUCGCUCAUCUCCUCAUAUGGCAGCUGCAGGGUGAGGAUGCGCCCACGGCAGAAGACGCAGCGGACUCGUCGGAGGCCAAGAGCGAGGAGAGCAACGUUCUGUGGACCAUCGUCCCACGCGUCAGGCAGCGGAUCAUCGAUGGCUUCACCGCGGAAGCGAAGGACGUGUACGAGCGCGAGUUCCAGUUCUUUGAUGCCGUGACUUCUAUCUCUGGGACGCUGAAACCUCUUCCAAAGGAUGAGCGAAGGGCGGGGAUUCGAAGAGAGCUGGAAAAAAUCAAAAUACCUGGGGACGAUCUUUAUCUUCCCACCGCGCCGGAUAAGAUCGUCCGCGGUAUAAAGCUGGACAGUGGCAUCCCUCUCCAGUCCGCCGCUAAGGUCCCCAUUAUGAUCACCUUCUAUGUCGUGUCCAAGCAUGGACCGGCCGACGGUAUUGUGCCUCAAGCCUGCAUUUUCAAGGUGGGCGACGACUGUCGCCAGGACGUCCUUGCCUUGCAGGUUAUUGCCCUGCUGCGCGACGUUUUCGCGGCCAUCAACUUGGACCUUUAUCUUUUCCCCUACGGCGUCCUUCCUACCGGUUACGGCCGUGGAAUCAUCGAGGUGGUCCCCAACUCUCGCAGUCGGAAUCAGAUGGGUGAGCUCAGCGAUGGCGGCCUGCUGGAACUUUUUCAGCAGGAUUUUGGACCCGUGGGGACGCGGAGAUUCGAGCAGGCGCGGGACAACUUGAUCGUCAGUGCUGCGGGCUAUGCAGUCGCGAGCCUGCUCCUGCAGCCCAAGGACAGACACAACGGUAACAUUCUGUUCGACAAGGACGGCAGGCUCGUGCACAUUGAUUUCGGAUUCAUAUUGGAGACGUCACCAGGUGGCAACAUGCGGUUUGAGAGCGCGGAUUUCAAGCUCUCGUACGAAAUGACGCAGUUGAUGGACCCGUCGGGGGACAUGAAAAGUGCGCCGUGGCGUAAAUUCGUCAGUCUCUGUGUGAAAGGAUACCUGGCGGCAAGGGUGCACAUGGACGGCAUAGUGAAUACCGUCAAGCUCAUGGUUGACAGCGGAUUGCCGUGUUUUAGUAGAGGAGAUCCGAUCAACAACCUUAGGAAGAGAUUUCAUCCCGAGAUGAAUGAAAGGGAGGCAGCUGACUUCAUGAUAGCUACCUGCACGGAUUCCUACAACAAGCUCACCACCUUUGCGUAUGACGUCAUUCAAAAUUGGCAACAGGGAAUUGAACACUGACAUUGUUCUCUCUCUCUCUCGACGCCACUCUCGAGAUUGGACUGGUUCCCGCUGUUUAUAAUUUGCAGUCCUAAAGGCUGCGGUAUACCAGGGAGCGGCAUCUGCAGCCAAGGCUUGCCUUUCGGACAACCGGCGGCACAAGGGGAAUUAGAGACUCCUCAAGGCUUGGGAGCGGUAGGGGUUCGUUUUGGUUGUUCGUUGUUCUUUGCACCGCAUAGAUUGUAGAACAGGUCCGUUUGGAGCAAAACGUCGAAAGCUGUCGACGGGGGUUCAUGCGGGGGUUGAAACUUGAAAUAAUGAGGUGCCCUGUGCACGCGACUUGGCCCCAUUGAAAGCAAGGCCGGUCAGUUCCUUUGUUUUAUGUUGGAAAGGCGGGUUUCGUUUUAGUGCCUUUGCUUCAUUUCGGAAAGGUGGGUCCACUUAUUCUAUCAUUGUCUUUCCGCAGUUGUUUGGUUUCUUUUGACCGCGCUUAGUUUCGCUGGAAAAAGAGAGCCCCACCAUACUCCCUCUCUCUCUCGCUCUGUGUGUGUCUCUCUCUCGCAUUGAUGAUGAGGGUGGAAGCGCCAAGCUCAUGAAAGGUAAGUGAAGGCAUCUCUCUCUCUCUCUCUCUCUCUCUCUCUCUCUCUCUCUCUCUCUCUCUCUCAAUCUUGUUUUCUGACCAAGCCAGUGGGACUCUUGUGUUGGACGGAUACGGAUGAAGGUCGUGACAGGUAAGUGAAGGCAUUCUUUGUUCUCGACCCAAGGUGCUGGCCCUGGCGGGCUUCGUGAUCCGAGCGUAAAACCUU